CGUCAGUGGACUAGUCUAAAACUAAAUGAUUCCGUGUUGCCAUGAUCUAUUUCAUGUUUCAGCUUUCGCUAAUGUAGAUUAUCAAUAAUAAAGUCAUGGCAUUCGCUUAUCAGAAAGAUUCUUAUCUAAAGCAGUUAACCUCCGAAGUUAAAUCAUGUACUCCAGCACAACGAAAAGUGACACAAAAUGGCAAGCCAGAGGUUGUCGAUGGGUUUGAUGUCAUAUUGGAAGAUACCAUUCUCUUUCCUGAAGGGGGUGGACAGCCUGAUGAUCGAGGGACCAUCAAUAACAUUGAAGUUUUGCAAAUCACAAGAAAAGGAGCGACCCCUAUCAAUUUCAUCCAAGAAGAAUUGUCGCCAGGGACAACCGUAGAUCUCCAUCUUGAUUGGUCAAGACGAUUUGACCAUAUGCAGCAGCAUUCAGGUCAACAUUUGAUUAGUGCAUUACUAGAAAGUAUGUAUGGAUUUCCCACACCUUCCUGGUAUCUGGGUGUGAAAGUGUCUUUUGUUGAGUUGGACACACCCAAGAUGUCGCAAGAUCAGAUAGCGGAGCUUGAAAAUGUUUCAAAUGAGAAAAUAAGGGAGGCAAUCCCCGUCACAGUUUCUGUCUACAGCAAGAACGACCCCGAGUUUCAAAAGAUUGAAACGAGAGGAUUACCCGGGGACCACGAGGGAGAUAUUCGAAUGAUAAACAUAGAGGGUGGUAUCGACUCCAACCCAUGUUGUGGAACUCACGUCAGUAAUCUCUCACAUCUACAGGCAAUAAAACUUCUGUACGCAGAGAAAGGUAAAAAAGGGAAGACUAACCUGUAUUUUGUGGUGGGAAAUCGAGUUUUGUCGUACCUCGGAAGAUGCUGUGAGGUGGAGAAAACUCUUACAGGAAUAUUAAAGGGACCACUUGAUGACCAGGUUCAGUUGGCAGAGAGGGCCGUGAAGGGAAUGAAGAUGGCACAAAAGGGCAUGAACACUCUGCUGAAAGACAUAGCCGUGUUGGAGGCGUACAAGUUCAAUUCACAGCCGUCCGAAGACUCCGUGUUUAUUCAUUACAGGAAAGAUGGAGACCCUGAUUACAUGAACAUUUUGGUUGAAGAAAUUAAAGACAAGAACAUCACUUGUUUUGUCACCGUUGGCGAUGACAAAGGCGCUGGGAAUUUCCUGCUAUAUGGCCAGGAAGAGCUUGUGCAAGAAGUUGGACCAAAGAUCUGUGACAUAAUGGAAGGGAAAGGAGCAGGCCAUCUUAGAAAGUAUCGGGGAAAGGUCAACAAAGUCGGCAAUCGCAACAAGGCAGAAAAAUUACUGCGACAAUAUUUAUCACAAAAAACAGAAAGCUAACCUGGUUAAUAUUUAGUAUAGAGUAGAUCUUGUAAAAUCAAACAGGUGUGUGAUUGACUUAUUGCAAAAAAAAAAUAUAUCCACCUGAAAUAUUAUUUUGCAUUGUGUUCUGAAAGCACAAUGUCUCUAUGGGUUUGGAAGGGAAUGCAAAUGGUAGUGUAGGGUACACAUUAAGUCAAAACUUUACUUUCUACGUCCGUUCGGACUAAGCAAAUAGUUGAUUGGAUGUGUUGCGAUAGAUCCCAAAUAUGAGUUAAUGCAAAUGGAUGAAUUAAAACAAAAAGUUGUAUUCUUCUACCAAUAAUCUAUCAUAUCAGACAAUGUAGGCAUUAUUACUAAAAACUACGAUACAACAGACUGUAUUAAAACAGGAUAAACCUAAUUUGAAUAUCCAAGUCAGACUUCUUCGUCACAUGUUCGUAAUCGAUCGGAAAACCGAAACAAAACUUUUUCGAUGUCAGUUUGGAAGGGAAUGCCCUUGCAGUAAUAUAAAUUUGGUGCUUUCUGGGUAAACUAACCAUUAAAAGAACUACAUAAAAUGUUUUAAUAUUGGGGAUCAAAUAGGUCGUGUGCAGCCCUCGUUGCCUCUUUUAAGUGUCAUUUUAAAUUACUUUCUCUUCUUGUUUUUUAAAGAAAAGAAAUACAUAUACAUAUCAUCCACAAUAUUCAACACUAUAUUUGCCCUGAAAAUGCGUCUCUGAGUAUCUUUCUGUAAAAAUGUUUUGGGGAGCACGCCCCCAAACUUCCCUUUAGAUCUUGUUCCCUUAGAGAUUUCAGCUCAUUGGCCUUUGACAAAUGUUUUAGAAUUGUGUGACCCCCACCAUCUUUACCAGGGCUUCUAGAAUUUUUAUAAAAUCCACUAGCCAUGGGGUCAGUGAUUAAAAGGAUUUACCAGCCAUGAUUAAAAAUUCACUAGCCCAUCUUUACUUCAAGUUAAUACAAUUUUACUAAAUAAUAGUAAUAAUCAGACAUGUCACCUAAAGAGGGAGCUAGUGAUUGAAAACACUAAUAUUAGUGGAUUGGGGUUGGGGCAGGAUAUUCAUAUUUACAAAAUAGACGUAACUGCAACAUUUGACCAAAAAAAUUACACUAGCCAUCGGGUAUGGCAAUAGUAGUUAUUUACUAGCUCAACAUUGAAUAUCACUAGCCAUGGGAGUGGGGCUACCAUAAUCUAGAAGCCCUGCCUUUACAAAAUUCUGUAUCCAAUCCUGUAUUUGUACAUUUUUUUUAUGACUACAUGUAUAUGGCUUACAAAUAUAAUGUUUGUAUAAUGUAUUCCUUUGGGGUGAAAUAUAAUAAACAUGCUUUUCCAAA